UUUGCUUUUCAAUGCCUUCCAUCUCUCUUAAAAAAGACACUAACCCUUUUCACUUAGUGCAUCAGAGAGUGCUAGAAGAUGGAAGAUGUGUCAGGAAGUUAUGACAGAGCCAAAGAAGUAAAGGAGUUUGAUGAAACAAAAGCCGGAGUGAAAGGGCUAAUGGACUCAGGGGGGACCAAAGUGCCAAAGUUCCUCGUUCAUCCACCAGAGAAGCUUUCAAGUUCAAGCACCCCAACCAUUACAGACUUCCAAGUUCCACUUAUAGAUCUUGACGGGCUCGAUGAGGAUCUCCGGCGGGUGCAGAUUGUGGAGGAAAUCCACAAAGCAUCGGAAACAUGGGGGUUCUUUCAAAUGGUUAAUCAUGGAGUUCCAAACAGGGUUAUGGACAAUUUGUUACAAGCAAUAGGAGAAUUUCAUGAGCAGCCAAAGGAGAUGAAGAUGAAGUGGUACUCACGCGACUCUAAGCAAAGGGUAAGAUACUACUGCAAUGGAGAUCUGUUGGUGGCAAAAACAGCAAACUGGAGGGAUUCAAUUGCUUUCGAUUUCCAGGAUGGUCCUUUGGACCCUGAGGCACUUCCCUCGGUUUGCAGACAGGCAGUGCAAGAAUACACACAACACGUGAUCAACCUAAGGGACGUGCUAUCAAGUUUGUUGUCAGAGGCCUUGGGGAUCAGCAGUGACUACCUAGCUGGCAUAGAGUGCAUGAAGAGCGAAACUCUGGUGUGCCAUUAUUACCCGGUAUGUCCAGAACCAGACCUCACCAUUGGUACAACCAAUCAUUCAGAUCCUUCCUCCUUAACUAUACUCUUACAAGACAACAUCGGCGGCCUCCAAGUCCUCCACCAAGGUCACUGGGUCGACCUUCCCCCAAGGCACGGAGCCCUGGUGGCUAAUAUUGGUGAUCUUAUGCAGCUUAUCACCAAUGACAAGUUCAAAAGCGUGGAGCAUAGGGUUCUGGCAGGAAGGAUUGGCCCCAGGAUAUCAGCUGCAUGCUUUCUCUAUCCAAGUGCUACACAUAGAUUUAAACCUUAUGGGCCAAUUAAGGAGUUUCUGUCGUCUGACGACUUACCUAUAUAUAGGGAAACUCAUCUGGGAGAAUAUCUUGCCUAUUACAAAUCAAAGGGUUUAGAUGGUAACUCUGCCCUUGGUCAUUUUAAACUAACCUAAGUCAAGUAGUUAUCAGUAAAUUUUGGUCGAUGUUCUUAUGUUUUAAGUGUUAACCUAAUUUAAUUAAUAGCUUAUAUGUCCUACGAUAUUGAUUGACAGAAACUUUGAACAUGUAACAAAAGGAGAAAUUUGCCGGUCACAAACUCACAAUGCAUCAAAUUAAUGAAUUAUCCAUUUUUUUCUUUUCAA